UGCGCAGUCAAGGAAGCUUAAGGAAGGCUUGGCUAGUAAGGCAAUCACUUGUGCACACGAUGUGGAGCCGCAGCUCAAAACGCCCAUCACAUUUCCCUUGACUUUCCAAUUCGACUUCUUUAAGUUAUCCGCCAUCUAUUAUGGCCAAGAUCCCUUCGCUGCUCUCCAUCCGACCCCGGUCCUUGUCCUCAAAAGUCUUUUUACUUGCUGCCAUUGUCACCUUCGCGAUCACACUCUACACAUUCUCUUCCUCGUAUUCUUUUCGCAUAUCAGACUGCGACCAACAUACUCCAUGCCCUCCAGAACAGUGGUCAAACGGGCGUUGGGUAUAUAGCCCAACGUCUGAUUUAGUGAAUUUAACGAGUCCAGAACAGGCACUUUCUCUCGCGGGCUUUGAGGGUUGUGCUGCAGACCGUGAAUAUCACUGGCAUUUGGGCACAGACAGCGAGGAAGCAUGGAAUAGAUUUCCUAAGGUCUCCUCAUACAAAUGGUUACCUUCGAGCCAGUGUGAUGUCCGCCCUCUCAAUAAGGCAGCGAUGGUCAAGGACAUGGUCGAGAAUGGAGGGUGGCUUUUACUGGGUGACUCAAUAACGGAAGGCCAUUUCUUUUCGCUGUCGUGUCUGUUAUACCCGCACGUCCGUGCAACCCCAAAUUACACAGAAAAUCCCUACUUUGACCGUGCAUGGGAGCAAAAAUUAUUCCUGUCGCCGUCGUCCCCCAUAAUACCCGAAAUCACCAUGCCGGAGGGCUUCUCAAUCGAGAACACACCACUCGUUUCAUUCCGACGUGUUGACUUUCUUCUUAACGGAACACAAUUAGACACGAUAUAUCACAGUUCAGCAUUUUCUAUUGAACCCACCGACUUGGACAGUCAAGAUCCCGGUUCUCAAUACACCAAGGCAGAGUCCGUAUUUGGCGAUGAGGGAUUUUGGUCGCUUUCCCCAUCAGAAUAUAUGCCCACAUUCCUUGAUUCACCUCCGGAUGCCAACUAUGGCACCCUGGUUGUGAGUACUGCCGGACACUGGACAACUGGCACAUUGCGUGCAUUCCGCGAUGAGGACGCUGGAGAGGAUGCAGGUUAUGGUAUCCAUAAUGUUCUUGCGUUCUUCAAGGUCGCGAUGCGGACUUGGGCAACUGAAGUGCAAGACGCCAUCACCGAAUACCAUAUAAAUGGUGGCAAACGUCCAAAACAGGUAGUCGUUAGAGCGUACCUGCCUGGUCACGAGAAUUGCCACAACAUAUUCGAGCCCACGGAGACAAUCACGCCAUGGGCCAAUUUGUGGUAUAAUUGGCCGUGGAUUCCGGACUUCAACACAGCAUUCCAGGAGUUGCUGUCAUCAUCUGAGUUCCCAGACAUCCACUAUCUUCCUAUUGAGCGACCGGGAAGGCUGCGUCCCGAUUCUCAUGCCGGAGGAGAUUGUUUGCAUCUCAUAUCAGGUGCUGGCGUUAUCGAGGGAUGGUCGCACUACAUCUGGCAUUUUGUCACACGCGAGCUCAAGCAGAAAGAUCUGGUGUGACUCCUCUCCCACCACUAGACAUCUCGAAGUAGCUUGUCCCCCGGAUACAUAGAGAGAUACCCCUACAGUGGGAAGCAAGGUCAUUGUUUCUAAGGAAAGAACACUUACCUGCAUGUAUUUAUGGCACCAGGUCGCACGCACUAUGCCUGCACCACCUCAUACCAGUGUUGGGUACAGAUAUAGCAUUCUGGAUUUCGGAAUGGAUUGCGAUGUUUCCCUGGUCGUUCUGUUCUCUACCUUCAAGUUUGAUGAUUCCACGGGCUCAGCCGGUUUGGCUUGAGCUGACACCGACCUCCCACAUCUACUUAGGGCAAGUUUCACAUUCAGAAGCCGUUGGCGCAAGAAGGCAUUUGCAAGUGAUCAUCGUACAUGGGAGAAUAGUCACCUGUCC